GGAUCUCAGAGACCAGGACCACUACAAGAGCGGAUGGAGGAGGACAACCAGGACCCGGAGCCCCGGAGCAACAACGUCCCCGGAGGACAAACAGCAGGCUCGAGCUCUGAUAGCACCGAUGUUCAGAAACAGAGAGGAGAGGGACUGAAACGUCACCGCUGUCAGCACUGUGACAAAUCCUUCACAACAUCUGGAUAUUUAAAGAUUCAUCAGAGGCUUCACACUGGAGAGAGACCACACAGGUGUGACCAGUGUGGGAAAGCUUUCACUGCAUCAUGGAACCUAGGAAGACACAGACGUAUUCACACUGGAGAGAAACCAUACAGCUGCGACCAAUGUGGGAAAGCUUUUGCUAUAUCAGGUGAUCUAGUAAAUCACAGACGUCUUCACACUGGUGAGAAACCACACCGGUGUGACCAAUGUGGGAAAGCUUACGCUACAUUACGUGACUUAAAAAGGCACCGUCGUGUUCACACUGGAGAAAAACCAUACUCGUGUGGAGAAUGUGGGAAAUCUUUCAGUACAUCAAGUAACCUAAAUGUCCAUCGACGUGGUCACACUGGGGAGAAACCAUACUGGUGUGACCAGUGUGGGAAAGCUUUCGCUACAUCAGUUGAAUUAAAGAGGCACCAUCGUUUUCACACUGGGGAGAAACCGUACUGGUGUGACCUAUGUGGGAAAGCUUUCACUAUAUCAAGUGAUCUAGUAAAUCACAGACGUGUUCACACUGGGGAGAAGCCGUACUGGUGUGACCAAUGUGGGAAAGCUUUCACUAGAUCAAGAGAGCUAAAAUGCCAUCAACGUGUUCACACAGGGGAGAAGCCGUACUCGUGUGACCAAUGUGGGAAAACUUUUUCUCAGUGUCGUCAGCUUAAAUCCCACCAACGCAUUCACACUGCUUCAUUUUGUGGAGUUUCAGGUGAAGCCCGUGUCCAGAUGCCAGAGAGGAACAACAGGUGUGACAGGUCGACGCUGUUUGACUCCUGGCUUCCCCCGAGCAUCUCUGAGAGGGAGGAGACACGUGAGGGUGAAGGACUUUUAUUCACCACAUGGGACGUUCUCACUUUCUGCACUCUCACUGUAAAUCUAAUAGCUCCGACAGUCACAAAGGAGACCUGCUGGAUCUCAGAGACCAGGACCAAGAGCGGGAUGGAGGAGGACAACCAGGACCCGGAGCCCCGGAGCAACAACGUCCCCGGAGGACAAACAGCAGGCUCGAGCUCUGAUAGCACCGAUGUUCAGAAACGGAGAGGAGAGGGACUCAAACGUCACCGCUGUCAGCACUGUGACAAAUCCUACACAAGAUCUGGAUAUUUAAAGAUUCAUCAGAGGCUUCACACUGGAGAGAGACCGUACGGUUGUGACCAGUGUGGGAGAGCUUUCAGUAGCUUAAGUAACCUAAAUAAGCACCGUCAUGUUCACACUGGGGAGAAACCCUACAGUUGUGACCAGUGUGGGAAAGCUUUUGCUGCAUCAUGGAACCUAGAAAGACACAAACGUGUUCACACUGGAGAGAAACCGUACAGCUGCUACCAAUGCGGGAAAGCUUUCACUAUGUCAUGUAACCUAAACAACCACCGUCUUGUUCACACUAGGGAGAAAUCACACUGGUGUGACCAAUGUGGGAAAGCUUACGCUACAUCAUGUGACUUAAAAAGGCACUAUCGUGUUCACACUGGAGAAAAACCAUACUCGUGUGGAGAAUGUGGGAAAACUUUCAGUACAUCAAGUAACCUUAAUGUCCAUCGACGUGUUCACACUGGGGAGAAAUCAUACUCGUGUGACCAGUGUGGGAAAGCUUUCGCUACAUCAGUUGAAUUAAAGAGGCACCAUCGUUUUCACACUGGGGAGAAACCGUACUGGUGUGACCUAUGUGGGAAAGCUUUCACUAUAUCAAGUGAUCUAGUAAAUCACAGACGUGUUCACACUGGGGAGAAGCCGUACUGGUGUGACCAAUGUGGGAAAGCUUUCACUAGAUCAAGUGAGCUAAAAUGCCAUCAACGUCUUCACACAGGGGAGAAGCCGUACUCGUGUGACCAGUGUGGAAAAGCUUUUUCUCAGUGUCGUCAGCUUAAAUCCCACCAACGCAUUCACGCUGCUUCAGUUCUAAGGGGCGGGGCGCCGUCACAGCGAGAACGCGGAGGCUCCGCGGGAUCCGGAAGUGCUCCGAGACCAGAAUCCAGACUCAGUCCAGGACAACACGGUCCACCAGUCACAGCGGAGACCUGCAGGACGAUGGAGAACCAGAACCCGGACCACAGGAGCCAAACAGCAGCCUCGUGCUCUGAUAGCACCGAUGUUCAGAAACAAAGAAGAAGAGAGGGACUCAAGCGUCACCACUGUGAACACUGCAACAAAUCCUUCACAACAUCUGGAUAUUUAAAGAUUCAUCAGAGGCUUCAUACUGGGGAGAAACCAUACAGCUGUGACCAGUGUGGGAAAACUUUCACUACAUCAAGUGAAAUAAAAAUUCACCAACGUUUUCACACUGGAGAGAAGCCGUACAGCUGUUACCAAUGUGGGAAAGCUUUCACUACAUCAGGUGACCUAAAAAUACACCACCGUGUUCACACUGGAGUGAAACCGUACGGCUGCGACCAGUGUGGGAAAGCUUUCACUAGAUCAAAUAUUCUAAAAAUCCACCAACGUGUUCACACUGGAGAGAAACCUUAUAGCUGCGACCAGUGUGGAAAAGCUUUCACUUCAUCAGGUGACCUAAUAAGACACAGACGUGUUCACACUGGAGAGAAACCAUACGGGUGUGACCAGUGUGGGAAAGCUUUCACUCUGUCAAAAAGCCUAAAUCAGCACCGUCGUGUUCACACUGGAGAGAAACUGUACAACUGUGACAAGUGUGGGAAAGCUUUCAUUACAUUAGGUGACCUAGACAGACACAGACGCGUUCACACUGGACAGAAACCGUACUGGUGUGAACAAUGUGGGAAAACUUUUACUCAGAGUGGUCACCUUAAGAUCCACCGACGCCGUCACGCUGCUUCGCUUUAAACAUUUGUCCGAGCCAAGCAAGUUGCUUCCUGCUGCCUCCUCAUCAUGCCCUGAUGGCUGUGUUGUUAUAGUCUGAGCUUCUCCUCAAGCUGAGGGAUAGACAACAGUAACUUUAUGUUUCUAAGCAGCAUGUAUGUUAUGAUUGUGUCUACACUCUGACCUUCCUCUCCCCAAAAUCCUGCUGUUGUCACACACAAUUAGACCACUAGGGGUGUGAAUCACCAGAGACCACACAAAAUGAUAUUUCCAUUUUAACGAUAUCAUAGUCAUAUGUCAUAUUCUACAAUAUGUUGCAUUAAAUAAAUAAAUAAAUAAAACACAUACUCUUACAUUAAAAUAAAAAUGUUAGGGGGUCUGGGAUCCUCUUCAGUUUUUAGAGGUUCCUCCUGAUGCUCAGACAUGGUCUGCUGCCUAAUUUCUUCCUCUAUAAGGUAGUAACGAGUUACAUUUACUCUGUUACAUGCACUCACGUAACUUUUUUCAAUAAAUGGUACUUGUCA